CAAGCAAGCAAGCAGCAGCAACAGCAGUUGAAGCUCGGGUCAAUCGCGCCGUUUUGUGCAAUUGACUUUUUUUCGACAGUCAAAAGUCCCGCUGCCUCAAUUGCAGGAUGGCUUCAUUAGCUUCACUCGGCCGCCUGUCCGGCAGGGCGGGACAAGUCGGCGGACGGAGGAUCGCGCAAGUCGCACGAAGAGACUUUAGGACCUCGACAGCCGCCCUGGCAGCCCAGAACUUCACCAUGCCAGCACUAUCGCCGACCAUGACCGAGGGAAACAUCGCGACGUGGCGCGUCAAGGAGGGCGACAAGUUCCAGGCCGGCGAUGUCCUGCUCGAGAUCGAAACCGACAAGGCCACCAUGGACGUCGAGGCACAAGAGGAGGGCGUCGUCAUGAAGAUCCUGCAGGGCGACGGAGCAAAGGCCGUCAAGGUUGGCGCCCGCAUCGCCGUCCUUGCAGAGGAGGGCGACGAUAUUUCGACUCUUGAGAUCCCCGCUGAGGACGGGGCUGGUGCCCAGGAGAGCGCAAAGGAGGAAAAGCCCCAAGGCUCUUCGACCUAUGGCGGCGGAUCGGCUCCUCCGCCCAACGACUCGGUGCCAGAGCAGCCUACCAAGUCGGCGGCCAAGGCUACCGGCGGCGGCAAGGCACCCAAGCAGACGUACCCCCUGCUUCCGUCGGUCGCCCAUCUCGUCAAGGAGAAGGGCCUGGACGAGGCGGCACUGGCCGAGAUGACGCCGACUGGCCCCAACGGUCGCCUGCUCAAGGGUGACGUCCUGGCCUACCUUGGCACUAUCAACCAAAAGACCCCCGUGGCCAUCUCCGAGAUGUUCGAGAAGCUUUCACAUCUGGACCUCAGCAACAUAAAGAUAGUAAAACCGACCCCGCCGCCCGCCAAGGAGGAAAUAAAGGCCGCCGCCGCCGAGACCCCUGCUCCCAGUGUACCGCAGGUCCAAGUCAGCCUCCCCGUGUCGCUGGAGGCUGCGUUCCGCGCCCACCGCAAGGUCUACAAGAACCUGGCCGUCAACCUGCCUCUGGCCACCUUCAUUGAACGUGCCGCCGACAUCGCCAACGAAGGCCUCCCGGCAUCGGCUCGCAAGCCCUCGACCGACGACCUCUUCAAUGACGUUCUCGGUCUUCCUCAGACCGGCCAUAGUGCCACCCGCGGCCGCUACUUCCCCAUGAUCUCGUCCCCAGCCGCUACUGUCGCAAAGCCCGCCUUCUCGAGCCGCCACCAGCAGUCCGAUAUAAUCGACAUCCUGUCUGGGACGGCCACCAAGACUAAGAAGCCGGUUGCCCAGCCUUUGACCGAGUUUGAUGUUACCGAUGCCGAUGUUCCCUUGUUCAGCCUCAACGUGCCGAAAACGGAGGAGAAGCGCGCCAGGAUCUUCCUCGAGAGAAUCAAGGUCGUGUUGGAGAAUGAGCCGGCAAGGCUAUUGUUGUAAAAGGGACGACAGCCCAUUAUUUUUUUGAUUGAAAAUUUUCACCACCAAAUCUUGUAUCAUACUGGAAGUAAUAGAGCUAGAUUUCCUGAAAGCGGUUCGGGCGCGUUUAGAACUGGUUGAUUGCGCCAGCCAAGAAAACACCCAUUUCUUUGUAAAAGUCUAUUAACGUAGCACAUUUUCAAGAUAAAAACAUGAAGUCAUC